AGCUAAAGCUGGCUGCUCGCUUCGGCCAAUGGAACCCAGUCGUGCAGGCGGUGCGUAAGAGCGCACUUCGGGAUUUAACCACGUCCUUGCUGCGUGGCUGGCAGCAGUCGGCGCGAGGAGCCCGUCCGCGCAGCACGCGCCAAUGUCCGCGUAAGAGCCGCGCGCCCGCGCACGCACGCACGCACCAUCCCGACCCUUCCGCACGCCACGGCCGCCGCGCCGCUCGCGCUAUGACCGGAGUAUUCGACAGGAGGAUCCCGAGCAUCAAACCGGCCGAUUUCCAGAGUCCCUUUCCGCUCUCCGCCAUGCAUCACCCGUCUCAGGAAUCUCCCACGCUGCCCGAGUCCACGGCCACGGAUUCUGGCUACUAUAGUCCUGCCGGUGGGGUUCACCACGGCUAUUGUUCGCCUGGCUCCACUUCGUAUGGGAAAGCACUCAACGCCUACCAGUACCAGUACCACGGCGUGAAUGGAUCUGCUGGAAAUUACCCUGCUAAAUCGUACCCCGAUUACAGCACGUACACGAGCGCUGCCUACCACCAGUACUCGGGAUCCUACAGCAGAGUGCAGGCUCAAGUCAGCCCGCAAGAAAAAGAAGUAACAGAGCCGGAGGUGCGGAUGGUGAACGGAAAGCCUAAAAAAGUGCGCAAACCCCGCACGAUCUACUCGAGUUUCCAGCUCGCGGCUCUGCAGCGCCGCUUCCAGAACACGCAGUAUCUCGCGCUGCCCGAGAGAGCGGAGCUCGCGGCCUCGCUGGGACUCACACAGACACAGGUAAAAAUCUGGUUCCAGAACAAGCGGUCGAAGCUGAAAAAGAUCAUGAAGAACGGCGAGCUGCCCCCCGAGCACAGCCCCAGCUCCAGCGACCCCAUGGCCUGUAACUCCCCCCAGUCCCCCGCCGUGUGGGACUCCCAGGGGACCCCCAGGAGCCACAGUCACCAGCAGAACAUGAGCACAGCGCCGUCCAGCUUCUUGGAGAACUCCUCGUCUUGGUACUCCGCGGGGGGUGCUGUGAAUUCACACCUGCAGACCCCCCCCAGCUCCAUACAGCACUCGCUGGUUCUCGGAUCGGGGACGUUGUACUGAAAAUCCGCUUAAGUAUCUCCCAUGUAUUGGACUCAUGUUUAAAUUUCUGAGGAAUAUGCAAUGUAUUGACAUGGCAGUUAUAGAAGAACGUGUAUAAUGUUGUAAAUGUGUGCAUGUAAUUUAUUGCCUCUGGAAGAGUUAUUAAAACGUUAUUGCAAAGAGGACAGUGAAACUGCAAACACUCUCAGUGGUGCCUUCAAUUCUGACCUUCAUCGUCGCAUUCUUACGUAAACUGUCGAUGCCCAGAGAACGGAGACGUGGAAUUAAAAUUGCGACCUCUGAAAAUUCCUCCAAAAACUCAUACUCCACUGCACAUUAUUACAAAAAAAAAAAAAAGAGAAAAAAUUAAAAUCGAAGCAUGAGAAGUUAAAUCAAUGUGUAUGUUGUUUUUAUGUGAUCAUUGGAGUAAAGAUUUUGUAUGGACUUUAGACGCGGAUAUAAUUUCCAGAAGAGUGAUAUACAUUUUUUUUUUUCCUGUGAUAUAUUUUUGAUAAAGGUGUUUUGUAUGAAAAUUACCAUUACAAACGUGCACAGCCGACAGGGUGACAGCUGCACUUAAAGUCUGCAUGUAAACUGGAAACUGUAAUUUACGCUAACAGAUAGGAAUGACUGUGUUGGAUUUAAGUAAUUUUAUGUGUUUUUAAUU